CGUCAUUCGACACACAAGAACUCCUAACAUUCUAAAUAUGACUGUGCUUGUGAAACUGUGGCCUCUACCUUUCAAGGCUGGACCGACAUUAUUGCCGAGUAAGCAGCACGAACGUUAUUUGCAAAGUUCCUAAACGGAAUCGAUUUCAGAGGCAAUGAUAGGGAACUGAUAGCACCAUGCCGCCCCCCCCCUGGCACGCUUAACCCGUGUGCACAGACCCUAGCAUAUCACAACAUAUCACUGUUGGGUGUCUUUAGAGCUCUAAGAAAAUUUCAAGAGGGAGGGGCGUCUCAGUUUGUAACCUUUGUUGUACGGUGCCGUUUUGUUUUCUGUAAAGACAUCUUUUAUCUGUGUUAGUCAUAAGCAUCUUUAUUACCCAUGCCCUAUAUUUCUAUAGGCUACGUUUCGUUGGUUUUGGUUUUGGUUUUAAUUAUCAAAAUUUGCUUGCUUGUUUUACUGUGAAAUGCGUCUGGAUCAUCGAACAUACCCCGUGUGGGGGAAAGGCGGAUAAAUACAUAUUUUGCUGUUAUUCGUACACAUCUGUACAACAACAUUGUUCAAUGUUACAAAUUUUUUAUAAUAUUUAAAGGACAUGUUGCCUCUCUCUGUAUCCCUCCCCCUCCGUCCCUAUUUUCCUCCAUUUCCCCUCCUCUCCCCCUGGAGCUGCAGCUGCUCGGCAGGGCUCGAGGGGGGCGGCGCGGGGCGCGCCGAGAGGGCUGGGAGGCUUUAUAAAGGCUGCGGUGCGCUGGGGGACAACACAAGACUGACAACCUCACGUGGACCAGUUUACUGCUACCUCCGUACCUGAAACCAUGAUUUUCGCCAAAGCUCUCCUCCUGACUGCCGCCGCCAUGGUGGCGGGUGUCGGGGCCGGUGUGGUGCCCGUGGGGCCGCACUACGGUCACUACGCGCCCGCGCCCGUCCACUACGCCCCCGCCCCGGUGCACUACGCCCCCGCGCCUGUCCACUACGCCCCCGCUCCGGUGCACUACGCGCCGCCGCCCCACCACUACGCGCCCGUCGAGGUGUACCCGGACUCGGUCCCCGAGUACAGCUUCGGCUACUCGGUGUCGGACGCGCACACGGGGGACGCCAAGAGCCAGCACGAGACGCGGCACGGCGACGUGGUCAAAGGCAGCUACUCGCUGGUGGAGCCCGACGGCACCGUGCGCACCGUCAAGUACACGGCGGACCACGUGCACGGCUUCAACGCCGUGGUGGACCGGCAGCCGCCCGCGCACUACCACCACUACUGAUUAUAUUACGGUGUCAUUAUUUGCAUCUGUUUUUAUUAUUUUUGUACAAAGUCGCUUUAAUAAAAUAUUCGUGUUUGUUC